UUUUGUAUUAAAUCCUUUUUUGGUUUGUUUUUUAGGAGUGAGUGGGUCCGUCAAAUCAAUUCAAUAGAGAUGGUUUGGCUGACCCCUGCUGGUACAAAUACAAACAGGUACAGUACUGAACGCAGUAGAAGAAGCAGCUGGGGUGGAGCAGGAAGUUGGGUGGAGUGAGGAGGACAGCAUAGCAGAGAAUGGCUCUUGGUCAGGACAUUUCUUUUCAACCUCUCACUUUUAUUCAGUGAAUAGAGGGAAUUAAUUUGCACGGGUAAAAGGGAAAGAGGUAAAGUAACUAUAGCCAUCACACAGGGGGACUUAGUUCAUUCAAUUGUUAUUCACACAAUAGAAGAAUUUGUGUUUUUCAAACCUUUAUCCCCUUUUUUUCUGCGAACAAAUCGCUCUUCUCAGAACGGAGUUUGUGUUCCACGCCGUAUCCCAGCAACCGUGGGAUGUACCAUUUUGAGGUUAUUUCCUAAAAGCAGACACCAACUGAUCCCUCCAUCUUCCGUUAACACACUGCUGGUUGAAAAAGUUUACUACCAACAUUUGUUGUCUGGACGGCGAAGACGCAAAAAAUCAGGAGAUGGAGAACUUUGUCCUAUAUGAAGAGCUUGGAAAAGGCCGUAACUCUUUUGUCUAUAAAGGAAGAAGGAAGGGGCAUCUCAACUUUGUAGCCAUCGUCUGCACACACAAAAACAAAAAAUUGGAAAUUUCUAACCAUGUCAGACUCAGCUAUCAUCUGGAUCAUCCAAAUAUAGUACGCUACUAUGAGUGGUAUGAAACAUGCAGUCAUCUAUGGUUGGUUGUGGAACUCUGUACAGGAGGCUCCCUUCAGGCCCUGGUUGCUCAGGAUGGAGGUCUGUCAGAGGAUGUGGUGAAACGGUUUGGUUGGGACUUGGUCAUGGGAUUAAAGCACAUUCAUGAGUCAGAAAUUAUUUUGUCUGACCUGACACCUGCCAAGAUCCUUUUAGAUGGAAGUGGCAUUCUAAAGUUGGGAAACUUUUGUCUGUCCAAGGCAAAAGGAGAGACACUGGAGGAGACAAUCUCCUUUCUUUCUGAUUCCGAGGAGACAGGAGAAGACAAAAGCCUGGGUGACUUUAACAGUAUGAGGAAACGAUUUCAAGGAAACUUAGCUUACAAAGCUCCAGAAAUUGUGCAGGGCUCAGAAACAAGUGUAAGCUCUGAUCUAUGGGCGCUUGGUUGUGUGCUCUACUAUAUGUACACAGGAAAUCCUCCUUUUUUCUCUGAGAGCAACACUGAGCUGGCGGAGAUGUUGUUGAACCAGGAGCUACCCCCUCCCAGGAAGACAUGCCCCCCCAGUCCUGACUUCCAGAGUCUUUUGAACGGUUUACUCACCAAAAAUCCAGAGAAGAGAAUGUCUUCAAGGUUUGGCUGGACAGAGCUGUUGGAUCAUGCUUUCUGGAAACAAUUAAAACAGGAGAACAACAAGGAAGAGGUCUCCUUCAAAAUGGGUCAUGCACCCAGCAGCUGCUCAUCCUUUUCGGAGUCAAAACCACCAAUUUCUUCCAAUACAAAUGCAUUAACCAGAACACCAUGUAACACAGACACACAUGAACAACAAUCUAUGGAACAAAUGUUCAGUGGACAACUAAGGAAUGACCAAGCUUUGCAAAAAACAAUAACAGUCAAGGACAGUCCAGACGAGUGGGAUAUAGACGCUGGAGAUGAUGACCCUGAGCCAACUGGUGUGGAGCAAAUGUGCCAAACAUUACAGCUGAAUAAAUCCUAUAAAUCAGAUAAUUCAAAGGAGCUGAGGCCAAAGAGUGGCGUGGAUGAUGACAGCACAGAAACCAUUUUCCUCCAUAGCUACAGUGCCACGACGAGAGGAAAUCCUAGCACCUCAGACUCUCCAAACAACAUUGGUUCAGCUGAGAUUUGCUCGAAGGCAGAUAUGGCAGACCGUGUGAGGAGUCUUCUAUACAAUGAAUCUGAUCUGACUGUUACUCCAAUCAUUGAUAAUCCUAAGAUUGUUAAGAGUGCUUCGGUACGAUUUGAUCCCAAAACCCUUUGUGUACCAGCCUAUUCAGUUGAAAAGUUGAUUUCUCUGAGUGAAGAAGAGUGGAGUGGCUUCCUGUUACAACUGUGUUCGUCUCUUGAGGAACAGCGUCCAUCCACUACACAACCUUCCUCUCAGUCCACAGCCAUUCGAUCCAAACUUAACCUGCUGUGUUACCUCUGCUGUGUGGCUGGACAUACUACAAUUGCUAACAAGCUAAUUAACUCAACACUGCUUCUAGUGUUGACCAAAGAGUUGCGAAAAGCACCUAACUGGGAUCUGCGAAGCAAAGUUCUUCGAUUAAUGGGUCUCCUAGCUCUGCACUGUAGUCAUCUAGAAGAGAGUAGCCAUAUUUGUGAGGCUGUGUCCAUGCUGGCAGACUUGCUGAGGGAAAAUCUCAAAAACAGCAAACUGAAGCAGUUCCUGAUUCCGCCACUUGGGGAGUUCCUCUACCUCAUCUGCUCCCAGGAGGAGAAGAGAGGAUCCCCAGAGGGACUGUGCUUCGUUCCCGCUGCCGCCUACACUGGCUUAAUGAGGAGCCUGCGGGAAGGGGUUGCACAAGCUAAGAUGGAGAUGGUGGAAGGAAGCUUUCAGACCGUUUCUUGCUGUGGCUGGAAACCAGUACAGGACGAUGCUGUCAAUCAUCAUAUGAUCGCAAAAGUCAUAGAGAACAUCUCAACAGUGGUGUCAGGCCCCUCUCAUCCUCUGGUGACCACAGAAAUGGGCGCCGCUCUGUGGUACCUUUUUACCCACUCUACCGUGGAGGCUGUAAGAGUCACCGCCAUCUCUUCUCUGUCUCGGUUAACCCGGGUGAAUCCAGCAGUCUUCUUGUCAGUGUUGGACACCUGUGGCCCUGCAGCUGUUAUGGAGGGCAUGGGUGGAACAGGGGCCAGGGUGCAGCAGCACCUGCUCACUGCUGUGGCCACUGUCCUACUUACCUCAACCACCCAGACCCGCCGCAUUUCACAGAACCAGGAUUUGGUCUUGAAGGUGCUGCGCUGUCUUGAGAGUCCAUCCACAGUGACAAGGGGAAAAGCUUUACUGUUACUACUGCUUCUAACACAGGACAACAAACAAACACUGCUUUACUGCUGUCAGAACAGACUUGUUCUGUACUUGGAGAGAGACCUGCGUAAAGCCAUUCCUGUCAGAAACAACCCCAGCCAGUCAGGGUACCUGUGCCAGUGCCUGGAUUUACUCAUCAUCCAUCUGAGCGCAGCUGCACAAGCAAUAAUGGACGACAACUUAAAUUUGUUGAGGGGCGUUGUUGGGAGGAGACACCCAUCCAAAGCUCAGAGUAAACAACUGAAACAGACUUUACCUACCAUGUGUGUAGUACUAGACCUUCUUUCCUCUCAGAUUUUUCGAGCUAAAAUUGUAACCAAAGACUUUCUGAUCCAAAUGGGAUUCAUGCUGAACUUUAUUACCACAGUGGAUUCCAAUGAACUUGAUUUGACCCUUUUUAUGGGUGCUACAAUAGCUGAGGAGCUUAUUAGAACAACUCUGUCCAUUGUGGAGGUUCUGAGUCAACACUAUGCUCUCAUCAGUACAUAUCAUUCUAUUGUUGUGCAAGAUCUUCUGCCGCCCCUAACAAGUUUGGCUUUCAGCAAAAAUGCGGAGUGGUCUGUGUUUGUGCUGAAGGUGCUGUCUGAACUCAGUUUGGUCCUGCUUGUUCAAGAUGAUGACCACACUAAGGAAAAAGAGGAAAGGACAAGGCAAAAGAAAGAGAUGGAAAAAACUGGAGAAAAUGCAGCUGAAGGCAGAGAGGAUGGAAAGCUGAGUGGUCAAAUCCUAUCCCUACUGUCUAAGUCUCUUCUUUUAAGGUACGAUAUUCUUCUCGCUGCAACUGAGCCUAUUCCUCUCUACGCACUCAAACUGCUGGUCUCAUUGACAGAACACAACGCUCAGAUCUGCAGGUUGAUCUCACAAGGGAGGAUUCUACCAAUGGUUUUCCAUCUGAUUAUGGCCAACAGUGUCACCAGUGGAAUAGUCCAGACUGGAAUUGUGUUGCUGUGUAAUCUCAGUGGAAACACCGUGUUUGACCAACAGCUGCAGUAUCAUGAAGGGCUUAUAAAAGUGGUGGUGAGCACCUUCUCAGAAAUAACGUCACUCUUCUUGGAUGGAGAGAGGCGUGCAGGGAGGAAGGUUAACCAUCUCUUGUUGCAAGCCUUCUUUGAGCUUCUUCACAACAUCCUGAAGCAAACAUCUGCUGUAGUCCGAGCUGCUCUGCAGAGCCAGAGGCUAUCUCAUCCAGCAGCAGAGACAGAGGCAGCAGAGAAACUGCUUGUAGCCAACCGACCCCUGAGUCAGCUCAGCACACUCCUCAUUCAGAUGCUGCCAACAGAAAAUCAAGAGGUGUGGGAGGAAUCUGUUCAGUGUCUGUCCUUACUUGUCCAGCUGUAUGCUGGGGAAGGUCACAACUGCUUGUCCCCUUCCGGUUUGCAAAGCUUGUCACAAAUGCUGCGAGUUCACAUGCAGGCGGAGACGCCAAGAAUGCAACGCACAGCUCUCAAGAUCAUUAAACGACUGAAUAGAUGGCUCAUAUACAUGGUGCCAGGGAUUAUGGUAGAGCUAAGCCUGUUUCUGGGAUUAGCAUUACCUGGACCAAAGUUUGUUGAGCUGGUAGAAAUGCAUUGGCUCUGCUGUCUCAUUCUAAAAUGAUUUUGCAGCACAUCUGUAAGGUAAGCACCCUCAUCAAGUUGCAUCACAGGAAGUCCCAUUCAAUAAAACCCAAUGUGCUUCUGCACUCAUGCUCUUCAUCCUCCAUGAAGUAGUAGUAAUCUUUUUUCUCCCACUCCUGUGUUCAGUUCUUCUCCUUUUAUUUUUACAUUCAUGGUAAUCUGAGGAGACUCUGCUAUCAGACACUGUCUGAACUUGUCUGUUGUGACUAUCCAUUGUUGGUCGCCUCUCCGUGUUCCUCUCCUGUGACGUUGUCUUCAGCUCUAUUGACGCGUGUUCAUUGUGUGGAGAUGGGGGAAUGGCGGGAGAAAGCAGCAACAGAGGAUGAAGGUGAAGGGGGAAGUACGAAAAGUGGGUGUGGGUCUGUGUGUACGUCCGUCAGUGCUAUGGAUGGAGAAUCGCGUGCGCACUUAUGAGGGAAGAAGGCAAAUGAACAGAGGAUUUUUGUCUCGUCCUAACCGCGUUUCUUAGCAACAACUAUGCUGUGUCGCCACAGAGACAGAGGUGAUGAUGUCAUGGGAGAUGAGACGGAGCACACACACUCUAAGCACACAAACAUUCAUCCACUCAGCCACACAGAUCUACACAAAAGUAUGAAAAUCGACCGACACAUACACAAUGCUAAUAAAAACAUCUGUAUAGACAGUUCCAUUUUAUUUAUUUAAUCCUGU